GUCAGGGAGCCGUGGAUGCUGAGAGUGCCCAGUUCCCGGAGAGAAUCCGAGUGGGGCUGUGUCCUAUCCAGGCCCAGGACCAUGGAUUCUCUGGAGCUGACCACUGAGCCUGCAGGUGCCGGAGCAGAAAGUGACCCGAACAACAACGAGCCGGAGAAGGAGGAGCAGGAAGCUGGGGACAGUGGGGAUGAAGUUCCAGAAGCUGACAGACGAGCCUCAGGCAGCCCCACACACAGAGAUGCAGGAGGGGACUCUGCCGCCAGCUCCCGAGCUGAGCCGGUCCAGGACGUAGGGGCACUGGCAGAAGUCAAGGCUGCAGGCCCCCUGAAAGUGAACCCCUACUCCGUCAUCGACAUCACCCCCUUCCAAGGAGAGCUGGGCCCCAGCCCAGAGCCCGCUAGCCCUGAGGAGGGCAGCGUUGCGGUGCCCAGUGGGUACUCGGUGCCUGUGCCCUGUGGCUACGCGGUGCCAUGCAGCCUGCCCGCGCUUGUGCCUGCCUACUCCAGCCCCGUCCUCGUGUGCCCCGUCUCGGGCGAUGACCAAGAAGCUCUGGAAGGGGCAGCCAAUGGCCAGCUGGAGUCUCUGAGCUCCGAGGAUCCAGCAAACAGUGACGACCGUGGCCCCCAGGAGGACAGUGUCCUGGCCCAGUGGGUGUCCGACCCAGCCAACACGGCAUGGAUAGACAAUGCUGAGGAAGCUAUUUACGAUGACGUUCCCAGAGAGAACUCGGACUCGGAACCAGAGGACAUGGUCUAUGACGAUGUGGAGAAUGGAGACGGCGGUGGAAACAGCUCUUUGGAAUACGGCUGGAGCUCAAGCGAGUUCGAGAGUUAUGAGGAGCAGAGCGACUCAGAGGGCAGGACUGGGGUGCCCCGGUCCUUCCUGCGCAGCAGCCACAGAAAACAGCUCUCCCGUGACCUGGCCCGCCUCAAGGAACACUAUGAGAGGAGGGUGAGAGAGUUGGUGGCGAGCACGGUGGCGGCCGUAGAGAUGCAGCAGCUAAGACACAAGCAUGAGUUGAAGAUGCAGAAGCUGGUGAAGGCGGCCAAGGAGGGCACCAAGGAUGGGCUGGAGAGGACCAAGGCCGCCGUACGCAAGGGCCGCUCCUUCAUCCGCAGCCACUCCCUAAUGCCCCAAGAGCCCAGAGACGACCCAGAUGAAGAGUUGAGCCCCUUCAUCGAUGUGGACUGUCAGCACCCUGAGGCUGUGCUCACACCCAUGCCCGAGGGCCUGUCCCAGCAGCAGGUGGUUCGGAGGUACAUCCUGGGGGCCAUUGUGGACAGUGAGAAGAACUAUGUGGAAGCCCUGCAGAGGAUCUUGGAGAGCUAUGAGAAGCCGCUGCUUCAGAUGGAGCCUCGGGUCCUGAGCGAGCGGAAGCUCAAGGUCGUCUUCUACAGGGUCAAGGAGGUGCUGCAGUGCCACUCGCUCUUCCAGAUCGCGCUGGCCAGCCGUGUGGCUGAGUGGGACUCCGUGGAGAUGAUCGGUGAUGUUUUCGUGGCCUCGUUCUCUAAAUCCAUGGUCCUGGACGCCUACAGUGAGUACGUGAACAACUUCAGCUCAGCGGUGGCCGUCCUCAAGAAGACCUGUGCCACCAAACCUGCUUUCCUGCAGUUCCUGAAGCAGAGCCAAGAGACCAGCCCUGACCGGACCACCCUGUACAGCCUGAUGACCAAGCCUAUCCAGAGGUUCCCCCAGUUCAUCCUGCUGCUGCAGGACAUGCUGAGGCACACCAGCCCGGGCCACCCUGACAGGCUGCCACUUCAGAUGGCGCUGACCGAGCUGGAGACUCUGGCCGAGAAGCUCAACGAGCGGAAACGGGACGCGGACCAGCGCUGCGAGAUGAAGCGCAUCGCCAAGGCUGCCAAUGAGCGCUACCUGAACAAGCUCCUCAGCACUGGGAGCCGCUACCUGGUUCGCUCUGACGACAUGAUUGAGACUGUGUACGGCGACCGGGGCCAGAUGCUCAAGACCAAGGAGCGGCGGCUCUUCAUGCUCAAUGACGUGCUCAUGUGUGCCACUGUCAGCACCCGCUCGCAGGACGGUGGCACAGCCACAUCCCCUGGACACAGGUACCUGCUCAAGUGGAGCGUACCCCUGGGGCUGGUGGAGCCUGUUGAGUGCGGUAGCAGCGAAGGAGCUGGGGAGCGUGGCCGGGGCCCCCCGGGGGACGCCUGCGAGAGCCUGGUGCUGGCUGCCAGGCCCGGGGGGGCGACCCUGGGCCCUGAUCAGCUGCACCAGGACCUCCAGAACCUCCUGCAUGACUUGGCUGUGCUGGGGCAGAUCUGCCAGCUCGUGGGGACCCUGCGGGGGCACUAUCAGAACCUCAAUGCAUCAGUGGCCCAGGACUGGACGUCCGGACUGCAGCGGCUGAUCUUGCAGAAGGAGGCAGACAUCAGGGCAGCUGCCUGCUGUCGCCUGCAGCUUCAGCUCCCGGGGAAGCCGGACAAGUCGGGCCGCCCCACCUUCUUCAGUGCUGUGUUCAACACGCUCAGCCCCGCAGCGAAGGAGUCGUGGCUGCACAGCCUGCGGACGGCCAAGCUGGGCCUGGAAGAGGACAACUCGCUGGGCUGGUUCUGCGUGGAGGAUGAUGGAAACCAGAUGAGGAAGGAGAGGCACCCGUUGCUUGUGGGCCACGUGCCAGUGACAGUGGCCAAGCAGCAAGAAUUCAAGAUUGAAUGUGCGGCCUACAAUCCCGAACCACUGCCACCAGGCGAGAACCAGCCAGACCUGCCACACACCGGACUCGGCUUCCUGUGGGUCGGUAGCUGCACGGGCCAGAUGGGGCAGGUCGCCAUCAUCUCCUUCCAAAGCUCCACCCCCAAGGUCGUUGAGUGCUUCAACGUGGAGUCGCGCAUCCUGAGCAUGGUGUAUGUGCCCGAGUCCGAGGCCACAGCUGCCUGCCCAGCCACUGUGCCCACCAUCUGCCUGGGGACAGAAGAAGGAAGCAUUCACACCUACAAGAGCAGGCAGGGUGCUAAGAAGGUGCGGCUGCAGCUCUUCUUCACCCCCAAUAAGUCCUCCGUGCUGGCCCUGGCCUGCUCCCCAGGGUGUCUCUACGCAGGGCUGGUCAACGGGACAGUCGUCAUCUAUGCCAGAGCUGAAGAUGGAACCUGGGACCCAAAGCCCCAGACAGUGGUGGAACUGGGCGUGCUGCCCGCCAGGGCCCUGCUGCUGACAGACAACACCCUGUGGGUCGCGUGUGGAGGACAGGUGGCGCUCAUCAGCCUGGACAUGGGCACUCUUGAGAGCCAGCUGGAGGCCCACCAGGAGGAGGGCAUGGUGGUGUCCCACAUGGCUGUUGCUGGUGUGGGCAUCUGGGUGGCCUUCACGUCGGGCUGCACCCUUCGCCUCUUCCACACGGAGACACUGCAGCACCUUCAGGACAUCAACGUGGCCACGCCCAUCCACCACAUGCUCCCGGGGCAGCAGCACCUGUGUGUGACCUGCCUGCUCGUCUGCCACGGUUUGCUCAUGGUAGGCACCAGCCUGGGCUUUGUGGUGGCCCUGCCCGUCCCUCGCCUUCAGGGGAUCCCCAAAGUGACUGGCCGAGGCAUGGUCUCCUACCAUGCGCACAGCGGGCCUGUCAAGUUCCUGAUCGCGGUUAGUGCCACUGUGAAGGACAGCCAGCAUCGCCGGGACUACCUGCCCCCCAACUCCCGGGGUGAUGAGCAGCAGGAGAUGCCCCCUGAGGGCCCAGGUGCACCCCUGGGUCCCAGCAGUGCUGAUGCAGCCGUCUGGCCUGGGGGCUCCACACCACUCAGGAAUGAUUUCUCCUCAUCCUCGGGGUCCCUGACCCUCUCCCAGGGCUCUGGCUCCCUGGACCUGCGGCUGGAAGACGGAGCCCUCGGGGACCUCCUGGUGCAGCCCCCUGGGGUGCCCGGUGGGGUCCGGCGGGGGCGCAGGGUGAGGAACAGCACAGUGAUGCUGGUGGCGUGCGGGGGCCAGGGGCACCGCAGGCUGAGCAGGAGAGCCAGGCAGCAGCGGCCUGAGGAACUGGGCUCCAGCCUCAUGGUUUGGCAACUCCGGUGCUGAGCACUGACCGGGCCUCGCCAGGAACAGGAUGAGCUGAACCCUGUGGGCACCGAUGUGGACACUCUGUGUUCCCCCUGCCCAGAGGGGAAGGAGGAAGAGCCCUGCUGCCACUCGCUAAGUGAAUGUCCCAAACUUGUAUUUAUGUUCUGUGCCUUCUUAACCUGUCUGACUGUGGGGAUGGCAGGUGUGGCCUCUGCUUCUGGGAGCAAAAACCUGUGUAGGUGAGACCUCUGCUUCUGGAAGCAAACAGCAGAAUUUUCUUGGGUGUCAAGCUAGGCCGUAUAUUUUAACAAAGUAGUAUUUUUAUAUAGCAUUUUUCUAUUUAAAACUAACAGCUCAUGUAACGCUUUCCAAAUGUCUGAACCAAAGAGCAGCAGUCGGUGCUGCAGUCCUGGGGUUGGUCUCUGCUCCUGUGGGCAGCGGGUCUGCCUGACCGUCACUCUAGACACUGUUCACCCGGCGGUGUGGUGUGUCCCUGCUGGCAUGGACAUGGCCCAGGAGGUGACUGCCCCACUCUGCUUCCUGCUUCUGCUGAGGCUGUGUGCCUCCUGCCUGGUCUCUUUUUUCCCUCAGCACUUCACAGACAUAAGUGCUAAUCUUGCAGCAGAAAAAAAACAUUUUUCAUGGUACACGUGAGACUUGAAAGCAGCAGUUUCCUGCCCGUGGUCAAGCUGUCUCCUUCCUGUCUGGUUCCGUGAAUAAAGAUGUUUCUGUAAAAACAA